AUUCGAUUUAACGUCAUUCGAAAAAAUAUCUUCUUCAAUACUCGAAUAUCUCUGAUCUCCUCCACCUUAGGGUCUCAACAUGUCCGGCGGAUACCCUCAACCCCCGCCCGGUUACGGCUACGGACCCCCGCCACCUGCUCAGCCCUACUCAUCGCAGCCCUACUCAUCGGCGCCCUACGGCAGCGCGCCGCAGCCUCAAUCCUCCACACCUUACGGCGCCCCCUCCCAUCCUUACGGUGCCGCAUCAUACGGAGCUCCUUACGGUGCUCCUUCCGCGCCCUAUGCACCUCCCCCGGGGGAAAAGCCGCCCAAGGACAAGCCUCAGUCCUACGGUUCCAGUCCUGCUCCGGCUCCUACAGGCUACCCACCUGCGGCGCAGUAUGGGAGCCCGUUCGCGGCUCUGGUGCCGUCUCAGUUCCCUCCCGGCACGGAUCCUAGCAUCGUGGCUUGUUUUCAACUAGCAGAUGCGGACGGGAGCGGGCUUAUCGAUGAUAAGGAGUUGCAGCGAGCGCUCUCCUCAUACAAUCAGAGCUUCAGUUUUAGGACUGUUCAUCUCCUUAUGUUUCUCUUCACCAACAGCAACGCCGGGAAGAUCGGGCCCAAGGAAUUCACUUCACUUUUUUACAGUCUUCAGAAUUGGAGGGCCAUCUUUGAGAAAUUUGACAAGGACAGGAGUGGCAGAAUAGAUACAAACGAGUUGAGAGAUGCACUAUUGAGCCUGGGAUUUGCAGUCUCCCCAGUUGUUUUGGAAUUGCUUGUGUCCAAGUUUGAUAAAACUGGAGGCAAAAACAAGUCCAUUGAAUAUGAUAACUUUAUUGAGUGCUGCCUUACUGUUAAGGGACUGACUGAGAAAUUCAGGGAGAAGGACCUCUCAUACAGUGGCUCUGCAACCUUCAAUUAUGAGGCUUUCAUGUUGACGGUUCUGCCAUUCCUCAUUGCGUAAGAGGAUAAGUAAGCUUGCUUGUUUGUUUUUGGGAUUUCUGUUUGUUUGUGAUGGUAUGUUGAUCUUUUAGCUGGUUGUUGAAUUCUGCUAUUGCAUUAUUGUAGUUUCCCUUGCUACAUUAAAUUACAACCAAUGACAUAAUUAUGCUAUGUGGAAUUUCUAUUUUUAUUAGGGGAGUUUGUGUAGAUAUCACUAUCAAUUACAUAUGAGCAACUAAUUCAGAUACUCCUUUAUAUUGUAAUGGAAUUGGUUAAAGAGCAUUAUUAACAUUUCGGCUAGUGUUGGGGUUUUAUAUUUCGCUGGUUUAGACUGAAAAGAAUAUUUCUGACUCAUUUUUCCUAGAAAAUAUCAAAUACCUUUGAAAGGAAGGAAUCUGAGUUACCAAAUUUGUAAACCAUUGCGAUCAACGCGAUCUCUCCAUUGUCACCUGAAUGAACCAUGUGAAUCUCC